AUGGCUUUUCGCUCCGUUUUAAAGCCACGAUUGAACUUUUCUCCAGUCCGCCUCAUGUCCACCUCGCAACGACAAUAUAAUUUCAUCCUUGUUUCGCGUCCAGAGCCUUCCGUCGUUCUUGUUACCCUCAACAGGCCCAAAGCAUUGAACGCUUUGAGCAGCCCUCUAUUCCAAGAGUUGAACCAAGCUCUCGAGGAAGCAGACAAAGAUGACACGGUUGGCGCGAUGGUUCUAACCGGCUCCGAGAAAGCCUUUGCAGCUGGUGCCGAUAUCAAAGAAAUGAAGGAUAAACAGUGCAAGUUUUCUAACGUGUUCAAGAACAAGUUUUUGGAAAAUUGGGGAGAAAUUGCAAGCCUCCGUAAGCCAGUGAUAGCGGCCGUCAGUGGGUUUGCGCUGGGGGGUGGCUGCGAAUUAGCCUUGAUGUGUGACAUUAUCCUGGCCUCUCCAACCGCCAAAUUUGGCCAGCCUGAAAUCAACCUGGGUGUUAUCCCUGGUGGAGGCGGUUCCCAAAGGCUCGCGCAGGUUAUUGGAAAAUCUCGGACCAUGGAAAUGGUUUUGACAGGGCGUAUGGUCUCUGCGCAAGAAGCCGCAAAUUGGGGAAUCGUUAGCAGGGUUGUUGCAGACGGUGAAGGUGAGGUCGUCAAGGAGGCGGUGGCAAUGGCGAAAGAUAUCGCGAGCAAGAGUCAAAUUGCUGUUCAGGCUGGCAAAGAAGUUGUGAACGCUGCUUACGAGCUGAAUCUUGCCGAAGGCUUGAGGUUAGAGAGACGGCUUUUCCACGGUUUAUUCGCAACCAAUGACCAAAAGGAGGGCAUGUCUGCGUUCUCAGAGAAGCGAAAGCCAAACUUCACUCACACUUAG